AUGGGGCUAGUCUGGAUCCUCAAGGCUAGGGCAGAAGACGUAGAGAGGUGGUCUGCCAUUGCCUCCCUCUCCAUAGCGACCCUGGCGUUCCUUACGGUCUCCCACCCAAGUCCUCACCAGGGACAACUCGGCUUCACUUCCAAGAUCUGGCAAAAUCGGGCCAACCUGCUCCAUGCAGACACGAACCCACCAGCAGCUCCUGCCAACAUCAGCCACCACAUCACUUCCUCCUCCUUCUUCCUUCUGGGUCUUCCAGGGCUGGAGAAGGAGCAGGUCUGGAUCUCCAUCCCCUUCUUCUUCACCUACCUCACGGCCCUCUUGGGGAACGCCACCCUGCUGUGGGUCAUCUGGACGGAAUCCGGCCUGCACAAGCCCGUGUACCUCUUCCUCUCCAUCCUGGCGCUGACCGACAUGGCCUUGCCGACCUGCGUCGUGCCCAUGAUGCUCACCAUCUUCUGGAUGGGCACCCAAGAAAUCACCUUCGUCGCCUGCCUGGUGCAGAUGUUCAUGAUCCACGCCCUUUGUGCGGUGGAGUCCGGGAUGCUCACGGCCAUGGCUUACGACCGGUACGUGGCCAUCCGCACCCCGCUCAGCUACACCUCGCUGCUGACCGCGAACACGGUGGCUAAGCUGGGGGCCGCCAUUGCCGUCCGGGCCUUGGUGGUGGUCCUUCCCUUCCCCUUUCUGGUCAAGAGGCUGCCCUUCUGCCGCUCACACCUCAUCUCCCACUCCUACUGCGAGCACAUGGCCCUGGUCAAGCUGGCAUGCGGAGACACCACACCCAACAACCUCUACGGGCUGACCCUCUCCCUCUUCAUCGUCGGCUGUGACCUGAGCUUCAUCUUCACCUCCUAUGGUCUGAUCCUGCACGCCGUAUUCCGGCUGCCCUCCGUGAAAGCCCGGCGCAAGGCCCUGGGCACCUGUGGGGCCCACGUGGGGGUCAUCGUGAUUCUCUACACUCCUGGAGUUUUCUCUUUCCUCUGCCACCGCUUUGGUCGUAACGUCCCCCACCAUGUCCACAUCUUCCUUGCCAACAUCUAUCUGGUGGUCCCAGCCAUGCUCAACCCCAUCGUCUAUGGCGUCAAGACGAAGGAGAUCCGUGACCGGGUUCUGAGGGCCCUUCAGAUCGGAAAGAGCAUCCCAUAG